AUGGAGAUCUCUCGCUCCCCCUCGCUGCAGUUUGCGCCGCAGAACCUGACGGACAAGCCCCCCCUGCUCAUCCGAGAUGAGCAUUCCACAAGAAUCGAGCGGGUGAUGGACAACAACACCACGGUAAAGUUGGUGCCCAUCAAAAUCGUGCACUCAGAGAGCCAGCCCGAGAAGAGUCGCCAGAGCCUGGCACGCCCGGCCGAGUUGCCCGCUCUGCCCAGAGGGCUGGAGCGGGACCAGAUCAAGACACUGAGCACAUCGGAGCAGAGCUAUUCCCGCUUCUGUGUGUACACACGGCAGGGCCCCGAGGCUGAGGCCACACCGAGACCCCAGCCACCUGCGCCCCAGCCCCCGGGGCCCCCCACAGCCCCUGCACUGGACAUCUGCGUCUCCCCUCUAGGGCUCAGCUACACCAAGACCAAAGAGAAGACGACAGAGGACCUGAAGUCCGAGGAGCUGGCCAGGACGAUAGUGGGCAAGGAUAAGUCCUUGGCAGACAUCCUGGAACCCAGAGUGAAAAUCAAGACCACCAUGGACCUGAUGGAGGGAAUCUUCCCCAAAGACGAGCAUCUCCUGGAGGAGGCUCAGCAGUGGAGGAAGCUGCUCUCCAAAAUCCCCUCUCCCAGGACCACAGAGGAGAAGGAACAGGAGCCAAGUGUGCCAGCUGCUGUGUCUCUGGCCACCAAUUCCACCUACUAGAGCACUUCCGCCCCCAAGGCGGAACUGCUAAUCCAGAUGAAGGGCCUGUGGCAGCAGGAGCCUGAGGAGGAUUCAGGGAGCAACUUCGACCGGGACCUGUCCCUGAAGAAGCAGGAGCUCAUCGACAGCAUCAGUCGCAAGCUGCAGGUGCUCCGAGAAGCCCAAGAAAGCCUGCUCGAGGACAUCCAGGCCAACCCCGCUCUGGGGGGUGAGGUGGAGGCCAUCGCGAAAGGUGUCUGCAAACCCAAUGAGUUCGCCAAGUUCCGAAUGUUCAUCGGAGACUUGGACAAAGUGGUGAACCUGCUGCUGUUCCUGUCGGGCCGCCUGGCCCUAGUGGAAAACGCCUUCAAUAACUUGGAAGACAGCCCUUCUCCUGGCGAUGGGCAGUCUCUGCUGGAGAAGCAGAGAGUCCUCAUCCAGCAGCACGAGGAUGCCAAGAAACUCAAAGAGAACCUGGACCGCCAUGAACGCAUCGUGUUUGACAUCCUGGCCGCCGACCUCAGAGAGGAGAGCCUGGCAGACUAUGAGCACUUCGUGAAGAUGAAGUCGGCCCUCAUCAUUGAGCAGCGGGAGCUGGAGGACAAAAUCCACCUGGGGGAAGAACAGCUGAAGUGCCUGCUUAACAGCCUGCAGCCCGAAAGAGCCAAGUAAGUGGCCAGUCAGCCUGGCAGAGGGCAGCCACGGCCUCGGAGCUCCAUCGCCAUGCAUGGUAUCACUUAAUGAACCUUUUAGUUUCCUUUUGGAACGGAGCCAUUUCCCUCACACAUGACUACAUGAGAC